AUGCGUGCAUUGCAAAACAAGCCUUUGCAGCGUAGGAAACUCGACAUUCACUUUUCAAUACCAAAGGAUAAUCCAUCAGACAAGGAUAUCAACCAAGUAACCUUGGUAGCUUUCAAUUUGGAUCCAUCAGUUUCAAGUGAAGACCUCCGCCAAAUAUUUGGGGCUUACGGAGAGGUCAAAGAGAUAAGGGAAACUCCUCACAAGAGGCAUCACAAGUUUAUAGAAUUUUAUGAUGUCAGAGCUGCAAUUGGCAUCAUGCUUACUAUAUCUAGAUUUAUAAUGUUUUUAUUUACCACAACUAGUUCUAUUAAGGAGUGGAAACCAAAGCCAACAUAUACAAUUAACCAGGCUUCCGGACCAGUAAGCGUAUCCGAGUCUUCUAUCGUUUCAGCUGAAACUACCAUACAAUUGUCGUCUGUGUCUAAGAGCAAGUUUAGCUUUGGGGAGCCUGGGAUCAAUGGUAGCAAUGUUGUAAACCACAAAUAUUGUUAG